GCGGGAGACCUGGCGUGCCUCUAUGGAUCACUUGCCCAUGACUCCGUCUGUCGCAGCCACGCUCUGUCGGGACACGCUCAAGGCGGGAUGGUAGUUCGUGCUGCGAGACUUUAGAAGCAUCAGUGCCAGUGCAACGGUCCAUACAUUCGGGUAGCAAAGCCUUGCCGCGCAAAGCACGACGCAGUAGGAAGAGCCAGAGAGACAAAGGCGGGCAGCCAUGCAGAUCGGCAAGGGGGUGGCAGGGGAGCGCAGGCAACGCGGGCGGGGAGAGGCGCUGCCGCCCCGGGCACCCCGGGGUCUGGUGGAGCAGUGAGUGGAGAGAGACAGAGAGUGGAGAGAGGGGCUGAGAGCGCCUCGGAAGCCCCGGGGAGCGGGACGAUGCCCUGGUGGACGAUGCCCUGGUGGACGACGCGCGCGGUGGAGGCGCUGCUCUGCCUCUGCCUCGCCGCCGGCCUCGGCUCCCCGAGUUCCCGCGACGCGCGGAGUUGGGAGCGCAGCGCGGAGCUGGACGAGGUGGGCCGCGUGCGGCUGAGCUGGAGCGCGACCAGAGCGGGGGCCCCCGGGGGGGAUGCGGCGGCGGGGGAGACGAUCGCCUUCCGGGUGGAGGCGCGCACCACGGGAUGGGUCGGACUCGGGUUUUCUCCCGCGGGAUCUAUGGCCGGGGCAGACCUGGUGAUAGGCGGUGUCAGGACAAACGGGAAAGCCUACUUACAGGAUUACUUUGCUGAACGGAAUGAGCGUCCACUGCUGGAUGAGAGGCAGGACUACCGCCUGGAGAGCGCAUCCCAGAACUCCACGCACACCGAGCUGAUUUUCUCUCGGGCGCUCGACACGUGUGACCCCCGUGACAAGAUCAUCACGAGCGGCACGGUGCGCGUCCUCUGGGCCCUGCACGAGGAGGAUGUGGAGGAUUCUCCGGGGGAUCCCUUGGGGGACCCCUCUGGGGCAAGGGCCCAGUACCAUGGGGUGGUGCGGGGCGUCCGCAGCCUCAACCUGCUGAACCCGGCAAGCGAAGUGCCGGGGAACCUGGGUCUCACCGACGCCGUGGACCUAUGCAACCGUAACGUGGAGGUGCCAUCAAGUGACACGACCUACUGGUGCCAGAUCUUCCGGCUGCCCGAGUUGCACACCAAGCACCAUGUGAUCCGGGUGGAACCUCUGGUGGAGCCUGGCCACGAGGGCAUGGUGCACCACAUCCUGCUGUACCAAUGCGCCCUGGGCCUACGUGAGGCCAUUCUACAGUCGGGCCACCGCUGUUACCAGGCCAACAUGCCAGAGGAGUUCCGCUCCUGCGAGAGCAUCCUCUUUGCCUGGGCCAUCGGCGGCGGAGCCUUUCUUUACCCACCGCAUGUGGGACUGUCUCUGGGUGAGCCAGGGGACCCAGUGUUUGUGCUCAUGGAGACGCACUAUGACAAUCCGCUCCAAUUGUCUGGUAUACGGGACAAUUCAGGGCUGCGUCUCCACUACACGGCACAGCUGCGUGCCUAUGAUGCGGGUGUCAUGGAGACGGGUGUCUGGGUCAGCCUGUAUCACAUGGUGCCGCCCCACGCCCCGCACUGGGUCUCCCAGGGCCACUGCACACGCGAGUGCCUCAACGAGGCGCUGGGCACGGAGCGCCCGCAGGGUGUGUCAGUGUUCGCUGUGCUGCUGCAUGCGCACUUAGCGGGGCGCGAGCUGCUCGUGCGACACUGGCGUGGUAACCGUGAGCUAUCGCUGUUGGCGCGAGACUCGGAGUAUGACUUCAACUUCCAGGAGCUGCAUAUGCUGCCCACCGAGAGGCUCCUCUUGCCGGGAGAUCACCUGACCACGGAGUGCGUGUACAAUACGGAGGGGCGAGUGAACAUGACGUGGGGUGGUCAAAGCACGCAUAACGAGAUGUGCCUCGCAUAUGUGCUCUACUACCCACGCGUCAACCUAUCCCGCUGCCAGAGCCUGCCCGAAAUCAAUGGGCAGCUGGCAUUCAUUGGCGUCACUGAUAUCUACAAGCCAGUCACGACAUGGCCGUUCCUCAUCAAGGAUCCCAUGCAGUACCGCAAUUUGACAUUCACGGAGGCCAUGGACCGCUUCCGCUGGGGCCGCCGCCAGCGCCGCCACUUCAACCAGCUCGUGCUGAGACUGCCCGUUAACAUCCGAUGCUCCAAAUAUGAGCUGGAGGAGUGGUCUGUGCAAGGCAUGGUCACAAACCCUGAGGUGCAGGUGCCCUGGACUUCGCUGAACACCAGCAUCGUGUGCCCCACAGGCAUUCCUGUCUCGGGUCACCACAGGGGUCCCAGGGUGCAGGGGGAGGGUCUGGCUCAGGGGGCACAAAGGAAAGCAUCCACGGCCAUCGUGGUCAUUGCACUUCUCGUACUUACUGGUUCGCUAAGUACAUAGAAGCGAUCGCUGGAAUCAUAUCUUCCAUUGCCACCACUCUGCUUUUUCAUACUCCGCAGAUUCACGACACGUUACUGUAAUCAUAGUCAUUGACAUCAAUGGAAGAUGCAGUAAAUCGAGUUCUUAUCUUGUACAUAUUAACUUUCGUUGCGUGUUCAAAGCUGUGUGACAUGAGUUUGCAGGCACGCCACUUUAAUGUUAAAGCGAUGUCUUAAUUCGUGAGAAGAAAGAACUGAAAGCGAUGUUAGAUACCCCGCAAUAUUGCUAUCUGGUAAUGGAUUGGAUGUUACAGCCAAACUGCAGUGACAUGCCGGAAAGUCAUUUUCUUACUCUUAGUUCUUUCGGUAAAGUCACGUAGGUAAAAAAUGAAAUUAAAAUUAAUAAAAAUAAAA